AUGCUCCACUAGAACCAUUUCGAUAACCUUAACGAGGAAUUCACUUCAGAGAGACCUGGCUAGACAGGUUCAAGGAAGAGAAGACAGAACAAAGACAAUGAUCAGCUCAAAAAGAAAAAGGACUCAAUCAAGAUCAGGCUCUUCAAGAUCUUCUAUCAAAUAACAAAGGAACGAAACACCGAUAAGCUUAUGGCAUCUUUUCUUAUAUUAGCGAUGUUCAUCUAGAUUUACGAUUUGAUAGUUUCCCCAAUCAUGAAGUUUCCGUUCAGAGGGGCCUUAUAUGAUGCUGUUACGAAUAUUUUUGAUGUGAUUAGAAUAUAUCCUGCUGUUGUAAAAUCUGGAAAUGUUGAAGCUUAUUGGUUUUUCCUUAAUUAAUGUUUUGGUACAACUAUAGCUUAUAUUCUUAAGCUUUUGCUAGUCGAUUUUUUCUUAAGAAAUUAGAAAUAUUACAUGAUCUGGCCGAUUAAAGCUCUGUAAUUAUAUUCGACAAUUAUAUUUUGGAUUGCUGUUAUUCCAAUUACUGAUUUUUAUAUAUCAAUAUACGAGUGUGAAAGCGAUGGUUAUCACAGUAUUGAUCGUGAAAUGAUUUGUUGGACCGGGAAGCAUGCCUUCUUAUGUGGUCUAUACGCUUUUGGAUUGAUGCUAUUUCUAGUCAUUGCAAUUGUAAUUUCAUUGCUAUUCACUGAGUCAAGGCCCUAUCAUACAGAUGCCUUGACUAGAUUAGAUACCAAUCAUGAAAUGUAUUUAACUAUAUACAGGAUAACAUUGACUGUAGUGAGUCAUUAUACCUCAACCUAGAAUUAUCAUUGGCUUGUGCUUUCGCUUCAUUUCUUUAUGAGUGCCCAUUUUAUCAAGGAUUAUCUUAAAUUCCUACCUUAUUAUUACGAAUAGAUUUCCACACUCUAUGGAGCUUGCUGUAUAGGCUACUUCUGGGUAACGAUUAAUGCAAUAUUAGUCAAGGCUCUUGAAGGUAUUGAAUAUCGGGGAUAGAUUAUUGUGAUUUUAGCCGGAUUUAUUUUCUUAUACCCUUGUGCAUCUUACUUGAGGUAAAAUCGAUUAAGAAAAAUAUUCUUGCUUAAAAAUCAAGAAAAAAUCAAGAGUGAUUUAGAAUUAGAUUAAUUUGCUAAUCAUUUUUAGAAUGUGCUUUUGGAAUAGGAGUAAAACAAGGCUAUUGAAGUAUAAUUUUUAGGAUUUUUAUACCUCCACAGAGAGGAAUGCUAAUCAGCCUCGUGCCCCUUGAAGUUAAAUGACUCAUUAUAUCUACCAUUAAAUGAUCAAACAAGUAAAAGAGAUUAAUUCCCUUCUCAUGAUAGAAUAGUUCAUUAACAUCUCUUAAACUCAGUUUUUUUGGAUUAUUAAAAAUCUCAUCCUAAUACCCUUACCUCAUUGAUGCAUACUUCAUAUGCCUCAUUUUUAUUCUUUCAAAUGGGAAAUGUUCAUAUGUCACUAAUUGAACUAAACCUAGCAGCCAAAUGUUCAACUACUCUACAAUAGUCAUUCAGUAUUUACAAAACGAAAAAUAUAAUUGAGGAACAUCUUGUAAAGAGGUUCAGAUCUGGAACAAAAACUGGGAACCAUAUUAUAGGCGGAAGCAUGUCUCUUUAAGCAUAUUCCGAGUUAGAUGUGACGAUUGUGAUAACAUUUGAGAGUUUAUUUAACAGAUUAGAAAAACAAAUUGAGUAGUCAGCCUCAGAUCAUAUUGAAUUCUGGUCUCACCUUGACUCUAACAUGAUUGAUUUGAAUGUCAUCAAUAAGUUAGGACUAAACAUUAUUAAUUAAACUAAAAGAGUAAAUGAAAUAUGGAAUCAACUAAUUAAAAUCAAUCCUAACUAUCCUAAUGCUCUCUACAUCUAUGGCAAUUACUUAUCUCAAAUUAAGAAUGAUAUGGAGUAAGGGGAAGAAUACAAGAAUAUGUAUCAUUAAAUGAAAAGACUUAAAUCUCUUGAUGAUUACGAAAAUUAGUUUGACCUUAUGUUUGCAGAAGAUACUACAGUUAUUAUUAUGAAUGGUAGCAAGGAGUAGCAGGGAAAAAUUAUUAAAACUAAUCAAGGAAUUUUCAAACUUUUUGGCUACAGUAUGUUUGAAGUUCAAGGACAUGAUGUAAAUAUCUUGAUGCCUCCUGUUAUUGCCAUAAAGCAUAGUACGUUUCUAGAAAAGUAUUUUAGAACAGGCAAGGAAAGAAUCAUCAAUAACUGCCUUGAAUCGUUUGCUAUGUACAGAACAGGAAUAAUUUUUCCUAUUCAUUUAGUCGUAAAGACUGUUCCAUCUUUGAGAAACGAUAUUUAAUACAUUGGGAUGAUCAAAAGGUCAAGCAGAGAUUACGAGUACAUACUAGCUGAUGAAAAUGGAAAGAUCGAUUCAAUAUCUGAGGGAAUUACAUCCCUUCUUAAACUGCCAAUUUCAUUCUUUAAAGAUCAUGAUAUUCCUAUUCAAGUGAUUAUUCCUGAAUUAUGUGAGGUAUACAGAUUUAAAACAAGUGCUAAUGAGUCGAUUACAAAUUUUGAAGCAUGGAAUGGCUUAAGAGAUCUUAGAUUCAUGGUACCCAAAAAUUUCUCAAGUUCAACCAGUAGAGGGGGUGCUACAACUGGUACAAGUAUGAAAAUGGGAGACGGAACAUCUGAAGAUAUUAACUCUGGUACUGGAACAGGAACAGGAACUAAUUCAUAGACACAGACAUCCUCAAGUAGUAAAAAUAUGAAGCACAUCAAUGGUCUCUUAAAUGUUAAUUAGUAGUAAACCUUUGUUGGUUUAAAAAGCUCUGAUUCAUUAAAAAUUAUAUCAAACAUGUUCAAAAAUGCAGAACAUAAGGGAUAGCCAGAGAAAUAUAAAACAAACCUGCUUAACCACGUUAACUAUUCUCAUGCUGACUUUGAUAAGAUUCUUAAAACAGAUUUAUAGCACAGAGAGCAUUCAGAUGGUGAGUUAAGACUAAGAGUAUUCAAAAUUUUCUAUUCAAAAAAGAAGAAGAAUCAGAUUGGCCGUAGACUAUCAGAGAAUUCAUCACAAAAUAUGGGUGGUAAUGGUAAAGAUGAGGAGACAAUGCUCCACAAAUUCGGAUUAUCAGGAAUGAGUGCCUUAAAUGACAAAUAUGUAUUCCAGAAGUAUAAGGAGUUACUAGCAAAUGCAAAAACUCUGGAUAAAAAUCUAAAUUAUAAGAGGCUUCAGCAUGAUAUAGAUGUACUUAAAAUUCUACUCGACAGAUAAAAGAAGGUAAGAACUUAUGGAAAUAUCAUGACACCAACUGAAUAUGAAAAUGCUGAACUCGAGAGGAUGAAGAAAAAUAUAGAACUCUUAGAACAACAAAUUUCAGAGAUGAACUCUGAGACCUCUAAGAAUAGUAAGCAAAAUCAAAAUAACUAGAGCACUGUUAAUAUGAUUUAAAAUGCAACAGAAAAUUCAUCCCUUGGAAUAAGAGGAGGAACUAAUUAAUCAUUUUAAGCUUAAGGUGCUUUUAGGAAUAGUGGAGCUUUUACUGGGACAGAGGAUGACAUUUCAACUAACAAUUAGCCUAAGGCUCCCUUCUAAAAUAUGUUUGGAAGUGGAGUGAAUUAAACCAACAUCAAUAACAAUAAAAAUUAAGUGCCGAACUUUUCUCAUUCUCCCGGAUUUAACAAUAAUGAUGGUAGAAUUAAUAAUGAUGACAAAUCUGGAUUAGACGAUGACCUUGAUGAAGAAGACAGCAAAACUAAUAAGACUAACAAAAAGCUCAAAAAGAAAAAGAAAUAUGGGAAAAAAGAUAACAGCACAGACCAUCUCGGGGAUGAUUUAGUGACUGGAAGUAAAAGUAGAAAAGUCAAAGAAGACCCGAGAAGAGAUUUUGUGAAUGAUUUUUUCAAGCAAAAUUUGAAUUAGAGUACUCUUAAUCCAAUGUCUUCAGGACCAGGAAAGAGAGAUAUGAACUCAACGAACAAGCCUAAAGAAAUUCAAAAGCAUUCAUUUUUAGGUGAUUGGUAAAAUGAUAUUCUUAGAAAUCUCUAAGACACAAAUAAGUCUAGAUAAAAAAGAGACUCAAAAACAAGAAAUUCUGAUCAAUAAAAUGAAAAGAAAGAUGGGACUGCAGAUGCUGCUGCUGCAGCAAAUGAUGCCUAAAUGAAUGAAGCUAGUUCCGUUAAAAUGAAUCUUGAAAGUGAUACUGGGUCUGUUACAUCUGACAGCAAGAUUUUGAUGAGGCAUCUUAGAGUUUUAAGAAAUGCUGUGUAUGAAAAUUAUUCUCCUUAAAGCAUCCAAAAUCUUAAGUAUUCAGCUAGAUUUGUUUUAGUGGUAUUGCUUUCUAUGACUAUUGCAAGCUAUAUCUUUUCAAAGGAAAAAUACGAAAACUUAAAGGAAAACUUUCAUAAUAUAUAAGAUUCUCAAGACAGGAUGAAGUCAAUUACAACGAUAAACACAGCAACUCGAUUUGCAUGUCUUAUCAAUAAUGGAACUGUGAAUCGAUAUAGAUACGGAAAGGACUAAGAUUAUCUGGAGAAGAUGAAGACUGACUUGAACAAAAAUGCUGAAAUAUUAUAAGGAGCGUAGGCUAACCUAUCUUGGGUUGACUUUGACUUUAGCAUUGAAAAUUCUGAUGAAAUCAAUAAAAAAGAGAUUUUACUCUAUUAUAAUGUUCAUGAAGACCUUGGAAAUACCUAAGUUGUUGAUGUUUGGUCAACAAUCAACUAGUUAGCAAUAAAUGCUUAUAGAAUUAAAAACUACAACUUGUCAUAAUUUACGUUACCAAGAACUGUCUCAUCAAUUGAUCUCAAUAGUGAUUUAGGAAUUUGGUUUAUACUAAGAAAUUCAAUGAAUAAUAUACUUUCAGCAGUCUAAAACUCUACAGAAGGAAUUCUUAAUGAUACACAUAUCCUUUCAGAUAAUAAUAGAGAAAUAUUGAUGAUACUAUUGAUCGUUGCUAGUGGAUGUUUGAUCGCCUCUAUGUUUAUCAUUAUGCCAGUCGUAACAAAAGUACACUAAGAUAAGGAUAAAUUAUUGAGUCUAUUCCUAUAAAUUGAUCAAAAUGAUGUCAAAGAGUAACUUAAACGUUGCAAAGAUUUUUUCACUACUUUCCAUAAUGAUGACAAAGGGGGAAGCGCUAAUCAUGGUGACGGUGGAGGAUUUGAUUUUGAUGAUGAAGGAAAGGAUGGUGAAGACGAAAAGAAAGAUGGGAAGGAUGGAAAGACUCCCUCAUCAGAUGAAGUAUAAAAGAAUUAAGAUUAAUAAUAGAGACAAGAAGCCCAUAGAAAUAGAUUUAGCAGAAAAAAUAAGAAGCUAAAGAAGUAUUCAACUAAUUAUAUAAUGCUGUUGUUCAAGUUCUUCAUUGUAAUCACUGUCCUUGAGAGUUAUUUCCUCUACCAAUACUUUUAAUCAGAUAGUUUUCUUACAAGAUCUCUGGAUAUGAUAAAAGAAGCAGCAACGAUUACUAAUCGAAAUUUCUCAAAUUACCUACUCUAUUAGAUCAUUAUAGAGAUCUUAUCUACAAACGGUACUGCCUAGGUACUUAACUAGAAGUCUACUGAUUUUAUUGUAAAUUACAUAGAUAAUUACAAUCAAGAACUUGAGAAAUUCCUCUAGGUACAUUCAGAUAAUGUAAAUAAGCACGACUCAGACUUUAACACAUUCUUCGACAAGCUUAUAUAUAAGAGUGUCUGCGAUAACAUUGAUAACUACUUUAAUGAUGAUGAAAGAAGUGAAUGUAGCAAUUAUCUUGGUGGUGUGCUAGACAAAGGAUUAUAUUCAGCCAAUCUAGCUUUUUGGGAUGAUAUGAGAGAACUCAGAGAUUCAUUUUUCAAAUCAAGCAGAUCUUCUGCAUACCUAAAGUCAAUAAUCAAUGGUGAUAGGAUCAUCUAGGAUGAAAGACUAAAUGAAAUCUAUUUUUCAAAAGCUUAUGGAGCAUUAAUUACAAAGCUAAAUGACUCUAUUAAUGUUCAAUUCAAAAAUAGGGAUACUGAAAUGGCAACUGUUUUUGCUUUUUAUUUAUUAGUGCUGGUUCUUCUUUUCUUUUUCCUUUGGGGAAGAUUUGUAGAAAGCAUGAGGCAUUCAUUAUGGGUUACAAAAAGUAUGUUAGCUAUUAUUCCUUUAGAAGUAAUUGAGAAAGUUAAAGUCAUCAAAGACUUCCUGAUGUCGACUAGCAGAGCUGCAUUGAAUUCCAUGAAGGACUGA